AUGAGAAACGAGGAUAGCAAGGACGAGCCGAAUAGCUUCCAGCCUUCCCCCCGCCUCCAGGCUCAGCGAUCCCAAUCACCUUCAAGAAUCCCGUCAGGCUCUCCCCAGCACCAGAGAGAUCCAACUCCAAAAGGGCGCAACAGGACUGCAGCCGGCUCGCCCUCGGCCAAUAUCCAUCCACGAGCCCACCGCUCCCUCUCAUCCUCCCUCAGGAAAUCGCCCGUCAUCUUCCCCCACUCAAGAUCGUCAUGCCACACAUCCCCUCGAGCCAACCAGUCCUCACUGUCCAGGACUUCCUCCUUACAUUCAACCUUCAGUGAGGCUGCCUACCGAUCGAGCAACUGUAACAGUCCCACCAACAGCCCUCAGCCCCUGCCAAGCAUCCCCUCCCCGGGCUCGAACACCACCGCUAAUCCGACGGCCACCACUCCGCUCACUGCUAACUCAUUCCAGUCCUCUCAGAAUCAACACUCAGGCCAGAAGAAAUCAUCCAGGCAUCCAUCCUUCUCCUACCAUGGCCUCGAAGGGAAAGGGAGCACAGGUGCUCAUGUCCAAAAACCGGACUACAGUGAGGCUAAGAUCGUAGUCGCAAUGGUCGGCUUACCAGCUCGUGGAAAAUCGUACUUGAGCAACAAGCUACAAAGAUACUUAAAAUGGCUAGAGUUCAGCGUCAGAGUAUUCAACGUCGGUCAACACAGGCGAGAAAAAUUCAAGAAGAUGGCACAAGAGCUGGGUUUAAAAGAAGACCAAUCUGCCAAUUUCUUCGAUCCCAAUAAUGAAUCAGCCCGACAAGUUCGUGAACAGUUGGCUGGGGAUUGCUUAGAGAGCUUGAUAGCGUGGUUAAAGGCGGGUGGGAAUGUAGGCAUUCAUGAUGCAACCAACACGACAAAAGCCAGAAGAAAUGCGAUAGUCGAAAGAGUCAAGAAAGAGAAAGGGAUCAGCUUGAUCUUCCUCGAGUCAAUCUGCACCGAUCCCGCGGUCAUCCAGGCCAACGUCGACGUCAAAGUAGCCUCAGGCGACCCGGAUUAUGAUGGCCAGCCCAAGGAGAACGCCAAGGCGGACUUCUUGAAACGGAUUGCACAUUAUGAAGCCAACUAUGAAACCGUAGACGAGCCCGAGUUGAGCUUCUGCAAGGUCGUAAACGUCGGCUAUGAAGUCACUGUUAAUCGAAUAGACAACUAUCUAGCUUCUAGAGUUGCCUUUUAUUUGAUGAACUUGCAUAUCUCACCUAGAUCAAUUUUCUUCACUCGUCACGGCGAAUCUCAAUACAAUGUGGAGGGCAAAAUCGGGGGCGAUUCUCAAUUGUCCGAGCGAGGAAUGGAGUAUGCAAAAGCCCUGCCGAAGUUGAUUGCCGAUGCGAUUGGCGACACACCUUUGACUGUUUGGACUUCGACUCUGAAAAGGACGAUCCAAACCGCACAUGACUUGCCGUAUCCUAAACUCACUUGGAAGAGUUUGGAUGAGUUGGAUGCAGGCGUGUGUGAUGGAAUGACAUACGAAGAAAUAGAAGAACAUUACCCGGAAGAUUAUGCCGAACGAGAUGAUGACAAGUUUAAUUAUCGUUAUCGAGGCGGGGAGAGUUACAGAGAUGUGGUUGUCAGAUUGGAGCCGGUAAUCAUGGAGCUUGAAAGACAAGAAAAUAUCUUGAUCGUUUGUCACCAGGCUGUUUUGCGAUGUCUCUAUGCUUACUUUCAAAACUUCAAUCAAGACGAACUUCCUUAUCUUAAGAUCCCCUUACAUACGGUUAUCAAGUUGACUCCGAAGGCGUACGGGUGUGACGAAGAGCGAUUCACGUUGCCGAUCGAAGCGGUCGACACGACAAGGCCUAAGCCUGUCAAAGCUGGGCACACUCCUCCGAUCCCAAAGCUUGACGAUAGCCCCUCUCCAAGCACUCGACCUCCAACGAGACCGUCUCAAUAG